AAACUUCAACAAAUAAUAUUGAUCAGCUGAUUCUAAUAACUAAAUCUGAAACCUAAAUAAACAUUAAUUAGGGAUCAAAUUUCACUGGAUGAUUCUUCAAAAUGAAAACGAUGGAACUGAAAUACAUUGAAAUGAAAAUGUCAGACUGAAAUGUAAGAAAUGAAAAUGAGUAACGAAGUAAACUGUAGCCCUACCCCAAGUUUUGGGAAAAGAACCGAAUCUCCAGGUUCAACUGGAAGAUGUUGUGAGGUUGAAGAGAGUUUAGUUGAAUGCAUGAUGUGUGGUUGUACAACCACAGCUGGAUAUCUGAGAAAUCAUAUUAGAUUCAACCAUCUGAUCAACAAGGAGUUCCUAGUGGAUAAAAUGUACCAGCUGCACAAACCAUCUCAAACCUCGGUAUCAUCUCAAACCUCGGUAUCAUCACAAACAAAUAUAUCAUGGGUUCACAGACAAACUGAGUACUUUACUGAGGAAGAAGGGAGAAAUGAUCCGGAGAAGGAAGAACAUGAUGAUGUGGUAAUAGUCGGAGCUCAAGAAGAGGAGGAUGGUGAGGAUGGUGUAGAUGUUCUGGAUGGUGAGGAUGAGGUUACAUGUCCUGGUUGUGGAGAGGUUGAGGAUGGAGCAGCCAUGAUUGGAUGCAAGAAAUGUGAUAGAUGGUUUCAUCGAAGUUGUCUGGGUGGAAAGUCUAGCACUAGUAAAGGAGAGGAGUUGGAGUGUAGAGAUUGUAGAAACAAACCUAGAAGGAAGGUUCAGCACAAGAAGGUUGGGUUUGAUGAUCUCCGCCCCGACUCCAGGGUUGAGUGCAGCAGUUCAUCUGUUGAGGAGGAGACGGAGAUUAAGGUUACGGCAGUUGUAAAACCUAAACGAAGCCAUAUAUUAGAGAAAUUUUGUGACAGCGAUACUUCCACAGAUGUUCAGAAUACUCCUAAUAAACCUGGGAGAAGAUCGUUUAAACGCAAACGGUCCAAAGAAGUGAUGAGGGAGAAACAAUCCAAAUCAUCAAGGAGAACUCCUUGUUCACCUAUCCCACCAUCUCCUAGUUCUCCUGUUCCUCCUACUCCCUCAUAUUCUUCGGACCAUCCUGACAUUGAGUCCGACUCCGUUCAUGAAACCACAUCUGUUGGAAAAAAGAAAGUGAAAACCAAGAAAACUCAUAGAAAGGUUCGAGAAGACCGAGGGAAGGUCUCCAGCAAAUCUAAAAAAAGUAAAGUUGGGACGGAGGAGAACUCACACCAGGAUUCAGAUGAGUGUUGGGAUCAAGGGGGGGAUAUCUGCAAACUACAAGAGAUUGAUUCAGGCGAUGAACUCUGUAAACUAUGCGGUUAUGGUUACGAUCUUCCUAAUGAGUUAGAACUUGGUCCACUCUUCAGGUUCGGAGUUUGUCAAGCUCAUCUUCAUUGUCUCAUGUUCUCAAGUGGACUUAUUCAGGGUGGAGAUGAAGAGGACGGAAUAGUUGGGUUUCUCCCUGAUGAUAUAAUCAAGGAAUGGCAGCGCGGAUCCAAACUCAAAUGUUACUUCUGUAAAGAGCUUUACGCUACUGUCGGCUGCUGUCAGAAACUGUGCAUGAAAACCUAUCAUUUACCCUGUGGGAUUAAGAACGGAUCAGUGAACGAAUAUUAUGGAAACUUUGACUCCUAUUGCCCGAACCAUACGGAGAGAAGGAAACACGGGAAGAAUUAUAUUUUGACGGUUAAAGGAUUGAUACCGGAGAAAAGAAUAUCUCAGGAUGAGAAGGAAAAUCAAAUUCGAAAUAAAAAGUCUUCCAGGCCUGGAUCUAUGGUGGAGAAUAUACGACGAGAGGAGAAAUCACAGUUAGAAAGAAAAAGAAUGGAAGACCUAAAUGGAAACGACAGAAGAAAAGAUAAGAAAAAGAAGAAGCAGAACAUAGAAAAACCUUACAUGGAACCAGUUAGUUCUAAGAGGGCAAUAAUAAAACCUAAACUGUUUGAUGAUUAUGAUGUAGGUAGUUCAGAUGACGCGAGUACAGCUAGAAGAUCCAACCGCCCUAGGAGAAGAAUUGAACCAACCUCAAAUACAAUUUAUAAAUCCGCCAAAGAAGAACUAGAGAAGAUUUUAAAAAGUAAAUAUGUGAGUAUAGAAGAAUCUUUUGAAAAUUUAUCCGGGAGAAGAAGAUUAAGAAAAUCACGUGGUUCUUUAGAUAGAUUAGAUUCAAGUGAUGAGGAGAAAGAGGAGGAGUUACCAAAACGUUCUAGACCUACCAGGAGAAAAUUAGAGUCAGUAAACAACAAGAAUUUUAUAGAAGUUGACUCCGGGAUAAAGAAUGAAGAGGAUGAAGUGAAGGAGGAGAGGAUCAAUGAAGAGGAAACAAUAGAAAACAUUGAGGAGUUUCUGGGAGAUAGAAGGAAUACUAGAUCCAACAAUAUCUCGGACGAGGUUGAUCCUCUCCAGGUCUUUCCACCUACUCCGACUAAACAUGUAGAUCAAGAUAUUGUCAAGGUUGAGACCAAAUCUCCGAGAGGAGGAGGAGACUUUACAAGUUUUAUUCAACAAGAUGGGUCAUGUGAUCACAUCGAUUUCUCUCGGCUAGGUAUAGAUGAAAAUCUGGUGGAAGAAGUUUUUCCAGACCGAGAUUUCUCUGAUAUAUCUGGGUCCGAGAACCAUGAUAUAGGUAUAGAGGAGAUAAUUGAAACCCUGACCGAAAAUAAAUAUCCAGAUCCUCGGGUUGUAAAGUAUAAAUGUUCUCAUUGUAUAUUCUCCACGAAUAGCAAACCAACCAUGAAAACCCAUUUGCUUAAUAUUCAUCAGUCUUCCAACCCAACUCGUCAGGUUCAAGAAAUGAAAAUAUUUACCAAGAAUAUCAGGCUGAAGGAAGAACAGUUGAGGUCAGCUCAGAGUACAAACUUUGAUGAGAUCUACGAAAAGCUGUGCUAUAUUAAGAACCUGGAGCGGUUUAGUUUUGUUCACUAUGUUAGUGACGAUAUGUCUGAUCCUAUCUCUGAUAUAGAUUCCAAUCCUAUGAACAGUGCAGAUGUAGACAGAGAUAUGCAGGAGUUAAUCCCCUCUCCGAACCAAACCGGGACCAGGAUUAGGACCAAGAAAAAAGAAAUAGAAGGAUUUCUCGGCUGGGACCAGGUUGGAAAGAAAUCGAGCAGUAAAAUGCCAAUACAGCUUGAAUCUGAACCAGUAUCCGCUCCUGAAGGUUCUCGAACCUCUUCCCGAAACUCGUCUCCAAGAGCCAACGGAAUCCGUUCCUCUAACUCUCCUUUUAACCCUGAGAACCAUUCUCCCAUCUCAAUCAUACCUUUUCACCCUGAGUCUAGGGAAUCUACAUCUCUGAGAUCUGGAUCAAGAGACAAAUCUACAGAGAAACUUCUACCGAGAAAUAAUAAUCCCUCAUGUUUUACAAGAUCAGAAAGGCGGUCUGGUACUCCCGCUUCAAAAACCGAGUCUCCAGCGCCUAAAUCUGAUUGUCAGGCCUUGAAAUCUGGUCCUCCAGUUUCUAAAUCUGGUUCUCCAGUAUCGAAAUCAGGUUCUCCAGUCUCUAAAUUUGGUUCUCCAGCUUCUAAAUCAGGUUCUCCAGUCUCUAAAUUUGGUUCUCCAGCUUCUAAAUCUUGUUCUCCAGCCUCUAAAUGUGGUUCUCCAGCUUCUAAAUCUUGUUCUCUAGCUUCGAAAUCUGGUUCUCAUACUUCUAAAUCGGGAUCUCCGAAAGAUAAAUAUCCCGAAAGUUAUAAAUGCAACAAAUGUACAAAAGUGUUCACGGCAAAAGAACUUCUUAUUUCUCAUUCUUCACUCUGCCCCUGGCGCACAGAGGACGAAUCAAAACCCAUCUCUGGUUCUAGAAGCUUUAAACUACUCUACUCAACAGUUGGAGAUUAUUUAGAUAGUUCCAGGGAACAAGAAUCUUUAGAGGAUGUGAAGGAUGAGAGACCCUACCUGGUUAAGUUUGAAGAUGCUCAGGGUAGAGAGCACACCUGGGUUGAUGAGUACGAGGAGAACGGAUUACCAGCUCUAUAUGUAGAUGGGAAAGGAGAAGGACAGGUUUGUGCAUUUGAGCUAAAACAAGCCUUAGCUCAUGAAGAAAAGAUUCCCCAGAACCUGCAAGAUCUUAUUCUCAAAUCAGGAAACUGAAAGAUAUUUGGGAUUCCGAAAAUUUGUUAUUUCCAAUAAAAUUUACAUUUCAA